AUGGAAUUUUAUUUUUUAUACCCGGUCAUUGCUGCCGCCUUGCUCUUACUGCUAGGCAUACGCAUUGCAAUCUAUCGACUGUACGGCCAUCCAUUGUCGGCAUUCCCGGGCCCCAAGCUUGCCGCGGUGACUUUUCUGUACGAGUUCUAUUAUGAUGUCGUCAAGGGUGGCAUGUAUAUAUGGGAAAUAGAGCGCAUGCAUGAAAAAUAUGGCCCCAUUGUCCGCAUAAGUCCCCGAGAGCUUCAUAUCAAGGACUCAUAUUACUACGAUGAAAUCCACGCCAGUGGCGCCCGUAAACGCAACAGAGACCCGAAAUAUGCCAUCGCUUUCGGAGCUCCAUAUUCGCUCGUCGGAACUAUAGGCCAUGACCACCACCGCCUCCGCCGGAGUUUCAUCCAGAAUUACUUUUCCAAACGCUCCGUCACCACCUUAACCCCCUAUAUCUGGGCAAAGGUGGACCAGCUUCUUAAACGCUUUGAAAUUGCUUAUGAGAAUUCCGCCGUCCUCCAUCUUCAGUUAGACUUUGCCUGCCUCACUGCCGAUGUUAUUUCGCAGUACUGUUACGGUUGGAGCUAUGGGUAUAUGGAUGACGAGAAGAACUCGACAAAGAAUGAUCUCGUCGACGCCGUUCAGGGUCUCAUGUUGAUGUUCAAUAUCAAUCGGUUCUUCCCUAUUCUCGUUCACAUCUUCCGGAAUGCUCCACCAGCUGUUGUCCGCUUCUUGCAGCCGCAGAUGGGUGAUUUGUUUGAUGUCAAGGCUCGGCUGCGCUUGCAGGCGAUAGCUGCGCUCAAGAAGAAGGAGUCCGAGGGACUUGAUGGUAGUGAGGAGAAGCCUCACACCUCUGUUUUUGAAGCGCUGGUUGGACCGAGUGUUCCUGAUCACGAGAAGACUGUAGACAGGCUAGUUGAUGAGUCUGCUUUGCUUCUUGGUGCGGGGACUGAGACAACGGCGCGGUCUCUUGCCGUGUCAAUGUUUCAUGUAGUUCACAAUAAAGCGAUUGGCAAUAAACUGAGGGAGGAGUUGAAGACAGUCUUGACGAAACCAACUUCUAAGGCUACGUGGACCGAGUUGGAGCAUCUUCCUUAUCUGACCGGAGUCGUGAAUGAGGGAUUGCGUCUGAGCCACGGUAUGACAGCGCGCCUGGGCCGUAUCUCGCCAAAUGAGAACAUGCUCUACAAGGACUGGGUCAUUCCUGCAGGUACCCCGGUCAGUCAAUCGAAUUACUUUGUCCACAUGGAUCCCACUCUCUUCCCUGAGCCCGAGAAAUUCGAUCCCGAGCGAUGGGUCCGCGCAGCAGAAAAGGGCGAACAUUUAACUCGAUUUAUUGUUGCUUUCACCAAGGGCGCUAAACAAUGCCUGGGCAUGAACCUUGCAUAUGCCGAAAUCUACAUGACGUUGGCGCAUGUAGUGCGGCGCUUUGAAUUUGAAGCACACGAAACUACGCCGGAGAACCACAGCGUCCGUCGAGAUUUGGGAGUUGGGCUUCCGAUGGAUCGCACGUUUGAUAUCAAGGCGAAGGUGGUGGGUAUUGUGGAAGAAUGA